CGGGGCGGGGUCGCCUCCGCUCCGCUUAAAAGUUCCCCGCCUGUCCUGCCCCGCCGCAGCCGACGCUGCGCCAUGAAGCCGGACCGGGCUGCUGGACCGGGCGCAAGGUUGGAGGCGGCCGGAGGAUCCCCGAGAGCGACCCCGUCCAGUUGGUGCUUUGGACAACAGGAGGAUCCCCUUUUUCACCAGAGCCGCAAAGCUAACCGUGGACCGAUUCUCCGGGGCAGAAGAUGACGCUGAACAUCCAGCGGGGCAACACCGGGGGUCCGUGCCAGCGAAGGGCCAGCACCCCUCUCCCGGCUUCUCAUCGGGAGAGGCUGGACCCCAGGAGCAGGCGGGCUGAGCUUUGCCACCCUCCGCUGGGACAGUCUUUAUCCUGCGAACCCCGAGCCCGCCUCCCGGAGCCCUGCGGGGCCUGGCGGUCCGAAUCCUCCAGCUCGGAGGAAUCCUGUGGCUCCCUCUACCACGUGGUCCUGCUCGGUGACCCCGGGGUGGGCAAGAGUACCCUUGUGAGCCUCUUUGCCGAGGUGCAAGAAAAGGACUCGCUGGAACAGCAGAGAGAUGACACCUUCGAGCGCACUUUGUCCGUGGACGGAGAGGAGACCACGCUGGUAGUGAUUGAUCCUUGGGAAGCUGAGAAGCGGUCGUCGGGCGAAGACAACUGGCUGCACAACCACUGCAUGCAGGUGGGAGACGCGUAUGUGAUUGUCUACUCCAUCACCGACCGGGGCAGCUUUGAGAGCGCUUCGGAGCUGCGCAUCCAACUUCGGAGGACCCGGCAAGCGGAGAACCUGCCCAUCAUCCUGGUAGGGAACAAGACCGACCUGGUGCGCUCCCGGGAAGUCUCGGUGGAAGAAGGCCGGGCCUGUGCCGUGGUUUUCGACUGCAAGUUCAUCGAGACCUCCGCUGCCCUCCAGCACAACGUGACCGAACUUUUCGAAGGGGUCGUGCGGCAGAUCCGGUUGCGCCAGGACAGCAAAGAGGCCAACGCGCGGCGCAUGUCACUCUACAAACGCAAGGAGAGCUUGACCAAGAAGGUGCGCCGUUUCCUGGACCGGCUGGUGGCGCGCAACAACCAGAAAGUUGCCCUGAAGGUCCGUUCUAAGUCAUGCCACGAUCUUUCUGUGCUGUGAGAGACAAUCGGGGGGGAAUCUUUGUCCUCUCGCCCCCUCUUGUACUGUUGUAGAAAACUUACGUAUUAAAGUGAGGAGACAAGACCACGAAGGAUUUGAGAAACAAGAAUUAAUUUAUUAUUUGCGCAAAUAGGACACAGACCCCCACUCGGGUGGAAAACAAAGGUCUGAGCAUCGAGCAUGGCUUAAACAUAAUCUUUUAUACUUUUUGGUUACAGACAUUGCCAUAAGAAAAAAAGAAGAAGUUAUCCUAAUUGGUUGAAAUAAACAAAAGCCCAUAUAUGGUCUACUCUUAUCAUACACCUUCUGGAUACACGUGUUACUCUCGAUGCCCCCUCCUCUUUGCCACAGAGUCACAAGAACAGUUUGUAGAAAUAUUUCUGCACUUUCCCGAAAGCUUGCAACACCAUAUACCUGCCCAAUGGUAUACUUCUGCUUUCUAAGUGACACGUUGACUUUUAUACAAGUUGGUGAUAUCUGAUCUUGCUAUAAUCCUAACAAAUAAACAUAAAGCACUUGUAUUAUAAAGCAUUGGGGUCUUGCUUCAGUACCACUCUUGGUGCCUAGCAUGGCUUUGCAAAUGCCCGUAACUGCGAAAAGGAUCUUGGAAUCCUAGUGGACGAUCACUUAAAAAUGAGCCAGCUGUGUGCUGCAGCCGCCAAAAAGACCAACCCAAUUCUAGGCCAGGGGUCUCCAAACCUUGGCAACUUUUAAGACUUGUGGACUUCAACUCCCAGAGUUCCUCAGCCAGCAAAGCUGGGACCCCUGUUCUAGGCUGCAUCAACAGAGGGAUAGAAUCAAGAUCACGUGAAGUGUUAAUACCGCUUUAUAAGGCCUUGGUAAGGCCACGCUUCGAAUACUGCGUUCAGUUUUGGUCAUAACAGUAUAAAAAAAGAUGCGGAGACUCUAGAAAGAGUGCAGAGAAGAGCAACCAAAAGGAUUUAGGCUAAAACAUACAAAGAACAGUUGCAGGAACUGGCUAUAUCUCUUGUCUACUGAAAUAAGGAUUUAGGGGUGACAAGACAGCAGUCUUCCAAUAUUUGAGGGGCCGUUACAGAGAUGAGGGGGUUUCAAUCGAGUCACUAAAGCACCAGAAGGCAGGACAAGAAACAAUGGAUGGAAAGAAAUCAAGGAGAAAUCUUGAACCAAGGAGAAUCUGGAACCAAGGAGAAAAUUCCUGACAGUUAGAACAAUUAAUUUGGGGGGGACGGGACUGGAGGCUAAAGCAUAUGAAGAAUGAAGAAUGGUUGCAGGGUUUGGGAAUGUCUUAAGAGUAACAGAGUUGGAAGGGACCUCGGAGGUCAUCUAGUCCAGGGGUCUCCAACCUUGCCAACUUUAAGACUUGUGGACUUCAACUUGAAGCCCACACGUUUUACAGUUGCCAAGGUUGGAGACCCCUGUAAUCCAGCCCCCUUCUCACGCAGGAAACCUGUACUAAGGAUUUGAACCGCUGAACGGCUGACUUUUCUGAUGGACAAGCUCCGUGUCUUAGCCUCUGAGCCACCUAGUCGGGCGAGUUUAAUGAAAAGAAGGACCAGGGGUGACAUGAUAACAAUCUUCCAAAAUUUGAGGGGCUGCCCCAAAGAAGAGAGGUGGGUCCACCUAUUUUCCACAGCAUCACCGUUCAAGAAAAGAAACAAUGGGUGGAAACUCAUCAAGGAGAGAAGCAACCCUGGAAUUAAGGAGAAACUUCCUAACAGUGAGGACAAUUAACCAGUGGAACUGCUUGCCACCAGAAGUUGUGGGUGCUCCAAUACUGGAGGUUUUAAAAAGAGACUGGACAGCCACUUGUCUGGAGUAGGGUCUCCUGCUUGAGAAGGGGGUUGGACUAGAGGACCUCUAAGGUCCCUUCCAAACUCUGUUAUUCUGCCUUUGUGGGCGGUAUUCAAUUUUUACGGUAGUAAAAGACGGGAGGGCAGCAGGAGGGAAUGGCAGAGAAGGAAAAUUUGUAAAAUUUGUUACUACCGGUUCUGUGGGCGUGGCUUGGUGUGUGUGUGUGUAAUGUGACUGGUGGGCGUGGCCAACUUUUUUUACUUUUGAAAGCAUUUUUUCUACAAGGUUGUAGAAAAAAUGCUUUUAAAAGGCUCUGACGAUCCCAGCUGAGCCGCGCGAUCAUC